AUGACACUAAGCUUCUUCGACCAAUUUAUAAGCCCCAUCUUCCUAGGAAUUCCCCUAAUAGGUAUCGCUCUCGUACUCCCCCUCCUCUUCUUCCAAAAAUCUUCCCCACAGUGACUGACCAACCGACUUCAAACCCUUCAAAGCUGAUUUGUCAAUCGAUUCACCCAACAGCUUCUUCUCCCUUUAAGCCCAGGAGGACACAUCUGAGCCCUCAUUCUUACAUCCUUAAUAGUCUUCCUUCUUUCCCUUAAUAUGCUGGGCCUCCUCCCAUACACCUUCACACCAACCACGCAACUCUCACUAAACAUAGCCCUCGCCGUCCCCCUUUGACUCGCUACAGUCCUCAUCGGCAUACGAAACCAACCAACUAUUGCCCUCGGCCACCUACUCCCGGAGGGAACCCCCACACCCCUCAUCCCAGUUCUCAUUGUGAUCGAAACCAUCAGCCUAUUCAUCCGACCUCUAGCCUUAGGCGUCCGACUAACAGCUAACCUCACAGCAGGCCACUUGCUUAUUCAACUCAUUGCUACAGCCGCUUUCGUACUCAUCCCCCUCAUACCCACCGUUUCACUUCUAACAACAGCCCUUCUUCUUCUACUCACCCUACUAGAAGUAGCCGUCGCAAUAAUUCAAGCCUAUGUCUUCGUCCUCCUACUAAGUCUUUACCUACAAGAAAACGUCUA